UGUGAGCAUGGAGUCCACUAAGGCAGAGGUUUUGGGGAAGAUGGGUAAGAAGGAGAUAAUCAGAAAGGCAGAGGAGUUGGUAGAGAAAGCAAUGAGAGGGAACGAUGCUUCACAUGAUGCAGCCCAUGCUUUUCGAGUUAGAGACCUUGCCCUUUCACUUGCUCACGAAGAAACCCUUUCUACUUCUCCUGAUUCCAUCUUAAUCGUGGAACUGGCUGCUCUUCUACAUGACAUAGGUGACUACAAAUACGUAAGGGAUCCAUCUGAGGCAAAGAUUGUUGAGGAAUUUCUUCAGGGUCAAGGCAUAGAGGAAGGGAUGAAGAUAAAGAUAUUGAAUAUUAUUAAGGGGAUGGGUUUCAAGGAAGAAGUUGGAGGGCUUGCAAAUACGAAUUAUUCAAUAGAGUUUGGGGUGGUGCAAGAUGCCGAUCGGCUUGAUGCGAUUGGUGCAAUAGGAAUCGCCCGUUGCUUUACUUUCGGUGGAAGCAGGCAUAGAGUCCUCCAUGACCCAAGAAUUGAACCUCGAUCAGAUCUGUCUAAGGAAAAUUACAUGAACAAAGAAGAGCAGACUACUGUGAAUCAUUUUCAUGAGAAGCUUCUCAAAUUGAAGGACUUGAUGAAGACAAAGGCUGGUAAGGAAAGGGCUGAGAAAAGGCACAAAUUUAUGGAGGAUUUUCUGAAGGAGUUCUAUGAAGAGUGGGAUGGGAGGGCUUAAAUGAG